AUGUUUGCUUCAGAGUUUUAUGGAGCAACAGAGGCCACUGGCUACGCCAAGCCCAAUGUCAUUCCAUCGACUAUCAUCACUUGGGGGCCUGAGGGUGAGCUGAAUGCAAUGCGCCACAUUUUGGACCACCAGGGCAGUGUAAGCUGCUCAAGUGAUUCCUUUGACACCAUGACUACAUGUAAGAAAUAUUGGGACCAAGCGCUGAGGGACAAGAUCAUAGACCGUUGCCAUUUUGAGGAGGCCAUCACUAACCAAGUUGAGAUGGGGCCGCUUUAUGUGCGACUCGAGAGGUGUGAUCCAGAUGAGAUUGCUGGCGUACUCAAGAUCCUCCUGGAAAAGUUUCCUGAAAUGGUGUUUAGCACGGGUACUGGUCACAAGGUUCUUCCACCUUAUGUCCGUGUGUGGGUGGCUGAGGGCGGUGACUAUGACUACAAGUCCAAUUCCCCCGGUGCUCCAGAGGUUAAAGGAGGAGGGGAUCGCCACUGUCAACCUCCGCUUUGGAAGACGGAGUUCACAGCUGAAGGCUGA